AGUAGCUUCGGGCUGUUCGGUUGGAGGGAAGGAAAAGUUCAAGUUGAAGAAGGAGGAUUAUGCAGUGAGUGCCGCACAAAACUAUAAACAGGUGACUGAAGUGGAGACUGACAUUAGGGAGGCCCUUAGGAGGCCCCUCCAUCUCCCCUCACUGGCUUCUUCUCCUUCUGAACUGCGUCUUCUUCUCGCUGCAUUCAAACCCCCACACGCAAACUCAGUAUGGAUCUGAAGGACCGCAGAAAUCGUUCGCUGACCAGGGGUCGCUGCUCCAAAGACUCCCAGUAUAACACCUCCUCCCUGGAUGCCGAUGAGUGUCGUGUGCCUACCCAGAAAUCCUACAGCUCGAGUGAAACACUCAAGGCCUUCGACCAUGAGCAGAGGCUGCACUAUGGCGGGUGCGUGACGGACCUGGUUCACCAUGAGGCUGAUGAGUACUCUAGGCAAGGGGGCAACUUCACCCUGGCCGAGCUCGGAGUGUGUGAGCCAUCUCCCCCUCCGCACCCUGCUGCCGUUCCCUACUGUCCCGACCUGGGCCUUCUCCAGCGGGGUUACUCACUUAGUGCUGGCUCUGAUGCCGACUCAGACCCCGAGGGGCCGCUGUCUCCAGAGAGAGCCAUCCAGCUGUGGGCCGGACGAGGAGGGGUAAAGUCCCGCCGCAGCUCAGGAGUGUCCAGUCGCGAGAAUUCAGCCCUCACCCUCACUGACUCUGAGAAUGAUAACAAGUCAGAUGAUGAGUCAGGGCCAGAGGAGCAGCACUGA